AUAGGUGCAGCAGACUAAGUCACGUUGUUUUAACAGCACGCCCUCCAGCCAACAAUUCCUAAAGAGAGGACUCCAACUUUCCCCUUAUCUGCUCCUGAGGAGAUCAUGGCUGGGACCCCAGGCAUCAAAGGGCCUUUUCUUGUGCUACUCCUGCAGCUCGUUCUCCUUUGCUUCUCUCAAAGGGAUCUAGGACCCCCUGGCCCACCCGGACCCCCAGGAGUCCCUGGAAUUGAUGGCAUUCCUGGGGAACGUGGGGUAGAUGGCGAGAACGGUCUUCCUGGCCCUGAUGGGGAUGCAGGGAAACCCGGUUCUUCAGGAUUACCUGGAAUUCCGGGAAAUGCCGGCUUGACGGGCCCUGUUGGGGAUCCUGGGCCUGAUGGUCUCCCGGGACAGAAAGGUGAACCUGGAAACCCUGGACCUCGGGGAGUUGCUGGCGCUGGGUCUGAUGGACCCCCUGGACCACCUGGGCCUGGGGGACUUCUGGGUGAAGUGGGGAAAGUAGGACCGCCUGGGGCAAUGGGUGUGAGAGGGCCGCAGGGACCCCGUGGCCCAACAGGGCCCAGAGGUGCAGCGGGAAUGCUUGGUUCUUCUGACUUGUGUCCAAACUCUUGUCCACCUGGUACCCCUGGGCAUCCUGGCCUACCGGGUAUGAAGGGUCACAAAGGGGUGAAGGGUGAAGCAGGAGAACCUGGGAAACAGGGACACAAGGGUGAGGAAGGAGAUCAGGGAGGUCCUGGAGAUGUUGGAUCGCAGGGUUCGACGGGACCCCAAGGAAUACGUGGAGCCAUGGGAAUGAUGGGCUUUAAGGGAGAGAGGGGAGCUCGAGGUCCUGAUGGAGAUCCAGGUCCACAGGGAGUUGCAGGGGCGACAGGGGACAGAGGUCAGAGGGGGACAAUGGGCGAGCCUGGGAUUAAAGGUGAAACGGGUGUUCAAGGGCCACGAGGGACCACAGGGCUUCCGGGUCCUAAAGGAGAAGCCGGAUUACCUGGGGUGGACGGCCGUGAGGGUAUUCCUGGGUUACCGGGAGCAAAGGGAAACAUUGGGAAGGCAGGCGUUCCUGGAGAGGCUGGACUUCAGGGGCUUCCUGGUUUGCCUGGAACACCUGGACCAAAAGGCUUGAGCGGCCCCAAGGGAGAUGCCGGCAAGCCUGGGUUUCCUGGGACCUUGGGAUCCGCUGGAAAACAAGGUGAAAGGGGAGAACAGGGAGAGGUGGGAGCUGUCGGCCCCAUCGGUGAGCCUGGAGAUAUUGGAGAGCAAGGUCCUGUAGGUCCAGCUGGCAAGCCAGGUGCAAGGGGACCAAAAGGUGAUCCUGGUCUUCCUGGUCUGCCAGGGCCUCCCGGCCUGCCGGGAGUGAAGGGAGAAAGGGGUGAGCGUGGAGAGCCAGGACCCAAAGGAGAACAGGGGGGACAAGGGGAUGAGGGAGAUCCUGGAGAGAGAGGAGACAUUGGUGAUGCUGGAGAACCCGGACCAAAAGGAGAGGCCGGUGUUCCUGGUGAGCCUGGCAAAAGGGGUCCUGAGGGAAGUCGAGGCCAGCCUGGCAUCGAGGGUCCUCCUGGCUCGCCCGGACCCCGAGGCAUGCAGGGGAACAGGGGUCCGCGUGGGGUCCGAGGGUCCCAGGGACCUGCGGGCAAAGAGCCGAGCGAUCAGCACAUUAAGCAAGUUUGCAUGCGAGUUAUGCAAGAACAGCUGGCUCAGUUGGCCGCUAGUUUGAGGAGGCCAGAGUCUGGUGCGGCAGGUUUACCGGGGAAACCUGGUCCUCCCGGGCCUCCCGGGCAGCCAGGAGACAGCGGCUUUCCGGGGCAAGCUGGAGCAAGAGGCCUUCCAGGACUGAAAGGGCCACCAGGGCCAUUAGGAAAUAAAGGCCCCAAAGGUGACACGGGCGAUAGAGGGUCCAGAGGACCCACGGUGCGAGGACCUAAAGGCCAGUCAGGACCUCCAGGGCUUCCGGGAGAGCCAGGAAAACCUGGAUACGGUCAAGAUGGUCAGGACGGGCAGAGGGGGCCUCCUGGCGUUCCAGGACAGCCUGGCGUUCCUGGUCCUCCUGGUCCAGCUGGCCCAAACGGCUAUUGCGACCCGUCGGCCUGCAACCUCCAGGCAGGAGCUGUCCAGCAGUCUCUGGACGUGAAGGGACCUGCAGGGAACUAAGAGCCACUCUGGCAGAGACACAAAGACUGCUGGAUUAUCUCCCCGAGCACACAGCAUUUGUCACACUCUCCUCCCAGGGGACGUCGUCGGCUCGCCGUCUUUGAUACAUUAACCUCUUUGUGUGAGCAUGUUUUCUGCCAAUAACAUCUCCAUCAGAAGGAGACAUCAUCUUUGAGUUGUGGAAAAAAAAAGGGAUUAUUUGAUUGUGCUUUUCUGAAUGAGGGGGUGUUUCAGUGCUCACAUCUCUAAAUGAAAUGAUCCAAAAUUAUUGUUUAUCCCACUCUUCUUUUGUUCCAUCCUCUUUUUAUGCUCUCCAUUUUCAGUUUUCUCUUCAGAUCUCCCCCCCAUGCCAAUCAUAGCUGGGAUUUGGCCUUAUUUUGUGUCAUCUUGUUGCCAAUGUCAUAGGUCAAACCUGCUGAAGCCCUCAUGUCUGGAUCUACAUUCCCUCAUGUCUGACUGCUUUGUGAGCAAAUAAAACAGAGAGAGGAUGAAAGUGUCAUCAAGUCACACUGACUUUAGUACAUUUUGUAAAUCUGUAAAAAAUUUGUUAAAUGUGGAUAAUUAUAUUUCCUACAAAAAAAGGUUUUCUCCUGGUGUGAGACUUUGCUUCAUUGUACAGAAGAGCAACAGGAUGCAGCUGUUUAGGAAUUAGAAAACAUUUGUUUCUGGUGAGAAAUAUUUGUAACAAAUGAAUUCUUUCAGAUGAAUAAAAUAACGCAUGAGGUUUUAAAUAUA